AUGGCGCUGUGUCACGGUGGAGCCCGUUUUGCUUGUAAGUUAAUUGGGUUUUCUGCGUUUGCCACCAUCGCAAGGUUCUGUCCAUCGGUUUUUCUCUACCUGUCCAGCAUUGUGCCCGCUAUCUGGUUGCUGGAGCUGGACAAGUUGGACAAGCGAACACGCUACCAGGAUCAGAUGCUGAACGAAACGAUCAAUCUUGCCGCCACGGUCGGGAAGGAUCUGAAGGAUCUGAACAAAAUGCUGGGCGUCAAGAUUCAACUGCCGGAUAUACAGCUAACGGCGGAAAUGUGGGUCACACUGAUCGAGCAGUUUCUCAUGCUGGUGCUCAUCAUUGGCCGUUGGAUGUUGCCGAAGGGAGAUCUAACCCGGGACCAGCUCAGCCAGCUGCUGCUAGUGUACAUCGGAACGGCGGCAGACAUUAUCGAGUUUUUUGACUCCUUCAAGGAUGCGAAGAUAGCGAACGAACCGGUGCUGGUGCUGCUAACGCUCAGCAUAUGGUCCUGGUCGUUGCUACAGUUCACCAUCGUCCUGUCGGCGACACGGGCCCGCAAGCCACGGGGCGGUGGAACGCAAUCGCGCGCCGGUCAGGAAGCGGGCGACGAUGCAAACUGCUGCAAUGUGGCCUGCUGCAAUAUCGAUGUGUGGGGCAUUGCGCUUAACAUUUUGCUGCAGGACGCACCAUUCCUUACCUUCCGGUUGCUCAUCAUCGUGCACUACAAAAUCAUCACCUACAUGAACAUCUUCUUUACCUGUGAGUGAUUUAUCUUCCCCGCUCUGGGCGAUGAAACGAUUACAGUACAUUUUUCUCUUUAAAAAAAAACAGGCAAAAACACACUCGUAAUACUACUCCAGCUGUACCGAUUGUAUGUGGUGAAUUCGGAAAACAGAAAAGCAGCGGCCAACAAACGACGGCUGAAGAUGCGCGCAAAGGCAGAACAAUCAGCCACACGGCAGCAAAAGCAGCGGAAAAUUAGCAAACGGAAAGUGGCAGAUAUUGGUGAUGAUGAACCAGACCAACAGGAAGGAGGACGAAAGUCGAAACAUUCGCGGAAAAGUCGGUCGUCCUCGUCCCGCAAGGACACUGGCUACUCGACGGCCAGCAGUCAGACUACGGCCGAGCAGCGGCGUCUGCGGAAAUCAACGGUGAAGUCACCGCCGCUGCCGCCCGGAACCGAGUCGGAUGAGGACGAUCCAUUACCACCGCCGAUCUAUAGCGAUGGUGUUGCGGAUGAUGAUCUCCAUCAGUCCGAGUCGGAACGAACUGGUGGGCGUCGUGGGAAAAGUGAAGAACGUCGUUCGAAAGACACGAAGGACAGAAAAUCUUCAACCCGCCACACGGACACUAAGCAGAGCAGCAACCGUAGAAAGCACCGAACCUCAUUUGAUAGCGAUCGUAGCGAGGAUGGUGGCCACACUGGAACCGACGCGCGCCAUCAACGAAAGCGACGCAACGGAACGGGCGAUACGGGCGGCGGUAGCUUUGAGAUAAUCCACGAAAAAACAUCCAGCGGACGGAAGAAGAAAUCGAAACCACCACCACCGGAAGGUUCGUCGUCGGGUACGGGCUCAUCGUCAGCAUCCAGCAGUAGCGGGUCCUCUUCCGGGUCGGAAUAA